AUGCUUCUUUUAUUGACAGCUCCACCUUUAUAUACUGCCACCUUGUAUAUCUCCUUAGGACUAUUAAUGGGACAUUUGGAAUUCCAAAUUUCUUCCUUCAUGCCAACGAAAUUUCUAAUCAUGAUAUUUGUUACAGGAGAUGCAAUAUCUUUUCUAGUUCAGCUUACUGGAGGAGUUCUUCUGGCAUCUGGAACAUUCCACACAGGCCAAACUAUACUUGUUAGUCGCUUGGUUGUACAAAUAGUUUUCCUCACCUUGUUUAUAACUAUUGAAUUAACUUUUUACUACAGAGUUGUCAAAUAUCCAGAUGAGCACAUCAUGAUUAUAAGAAAUGUACCUUCGCAGUAUAAUAAUUGGAAUUCAAUUCUGAUAGCACUUUUGAUAUGCUCUACACUAUUACUUUUCAGGUGUAUUUUCAGAUUAAUCGAGGGCGUUCAAGGUACUCAUGGAUAUUUAUUUUCUCAUGAAAUAUAG